ACUGCUGCUGGCUAUGGAGAAAGGGUCUUUGGGAAAUCUGCAAGGGAAAACACUUGAGGAAAUUGAAAUCGAAGAUAACCUAGUGUUGACUGAUGUUGAGCAAAGUGAGGAGAGUGAUGGUGAGGUCGAGGAAGAAAAUCUGCCCACAGAUUCACAGAUUGCCAGUGAUUCUGCAGGGAUGAGCAUCAUUAGGCAACCUGUUGAGAAACCUCCAUGCACAUCUUUAUCAUCAGAAGACAAGGAAAGACCUAGGCCACAUGUUGAACCUCUGUCCAUACUGCCACAAGUUAUCGAUGCCAACCAAACAGACACAUCUCAAGCAGUAAUUAAAAAUGCAAAUGGAAAGGCCAAAGAUCCCAGAAGAAAAGCAAAAGUGAUGAAACAAUCAAGUAAAUGUCGCAAAACAGUCCCUGGUCUCAGUGAAAAACUUUCUUUGGAAAAUGCAAGAAGGGUUCAGAAACGACAGUGGUCUCCCAAGGAGGUUGAAGCUAUGAUGAGACAUUUUGAAGAACAUAUCAGAAAAGGAAAACUGGCUACUAUGAUUGAAUGCGAACAGUGCAAGACAGCAGAACAUCCCACACUGACUGAUCGCUCUCUUCAAAAUAUCAGCGACUUUGUCAGGAAUCGGGGUAUAACUCUGAAAAGAAAGGGAUUAGUCGACUAAUCGUGACUAAUUGAUUAGAAAAAUUAGUCAACACAUUUUUUAA